AUGUUAAUGCUGUUAAUUACUGUGGGCGGCAACCUGCUGGUGGUGUGUGCGGUGGCGAGGUCGCCCACGCUGCGGCUGCCGACUCACGCGCUCGUUGCUAACCUGGCGGUGGCGGACCUCCUGCUGGGUACCGCGGUGCUGCCGCUGUCGGCCGCCAGGGAGCUCUGGGGUGCCUGGCCGCUGGGCGCCGCGCUCUGCACCACGUGGACCGCCCUGGACGUCCUCUGCUGCACCGCCUCCAUACUCUCACUCUGCGCCAUCUCGGUGGACCGGUACGUGGGCGUGUCGCGGCCGCUGUCGUACGGCCGCAUCCUGACGCGGCGGCGCGUGCGCGCGCUGAUCGCCGCCACGUGGCUGCUGGCGCUGGCCAUCAGCGUGGCGCAGCCGCUGGGCUGGCGCGACGGCGACGCCUCCGGCGGCAGCGGCGAGUGCCACGUCAACAAGCAGCUGGGCUACGUCAUCUUCUCGGCGGCCGGCUCCUUCUACCUGCCCGCGCUCGUCAUCCUGGCGCUGUACGCGCUCGUGUACCGCGCCGCCGCGCGCCACGAGGCCUUCCUGCAGGCGGGCCAGCGCACCACCCGCUCCGCCGUGACGCUGCGCGUCCACAUGGGCGCGCCCGGCUCCCGCAGGGGCACCCUCGCCGCCCACGACGCCGCCGACGGCAAGUUAUUUGGAGAAUUGAAAACUGGAUAUCCCUUUAGUUCAUAA